GCCACGAACAAACACACACAAACAGAGACACCUGUACACACAUGCAGACAUGUACAUUCACACACACACAGAAACAUGUACACACACACACACAUACAGACACAUGUAAACAUACACAGGCACGUACAGACACGCAUACACACAGACAUGUACAUACACACACAGAAACAUGUACACACGCGCACAGAGACACAUGUACACACACACACAGACACGCAUACACACAGAUACAUGUACAUACACAGAAAUACACACGCACAGACACGUAUAUACAUACACAGACACAUGUACACACAGACACAUGUACGUACAUACACACAAACACACACAUACAUGUACACAGACACAUGUACAGAUACACACAUGUACAUACACACAGACACACAGACAUAUGUCCCAUAAAAAGUUGCAGUACUUCGUUGUUCACUCACAGAUCCGGGUACUGCGCUCUAGGGGGAGGCAGAGAGCACAGCACACACUCCUUGCUUUGCUUUCACUGCGCUCAGCUAUUGAGCAGUCUGACGACUCCCUGCCAAUGACAGAUCCGGCCUGACCUCCGAGCCUGCUCAGCAAGACGUCCCUGGGGACACACUCUCCCCCACCAUAAUUUCCACUCGCCAUUGGCGAGCAUGCGAGUGGCAAUUUCAAGC